CAAUCAUCACUUGGAUUCACUCUGUGUAGAAACAUCCAGGGAUUGUCCAGAGUUCCUAUAAGAGCUGAACAUGGAACUCCCCUCAACCGACCACCACUCUCUUUUUGCAGGUUGCUGAAAAUGAAGUGGACACUGGUGCUGCUUCUUGGUGGAUCCCUAGCAGGGGUCAGCUCGGGCUGGACGUAUCACUACUCCAACAUCACCAUGACGUGGACCCAGGCCCGAGAGUGGUGCCAGACUUACUACACAGACAUGGUGGUGGUCCAGAGCCAGGACGAGAACGCCGCUCUGGUCUCCUUUUUGCCGAACAAGAACCACAGCCCGUACUAUUGGCUAGGGAUCACCAGACUGCAGAAGGACGGGAAUUGGAUCUGGAUUGGGAAUAACAGCACGUGGGUCGGCGAGGAGUCGUGGGCGGAGAACGAGCCUAACAACAACCGAAGCUGGCCCGUUUGCGUGGAGCUCUACGUCAACGCCGGAGCCAAUCGAGGGAAAUGGAACGAUGAGAAGUGCAGACAGAGGAAAUAUGCGGUGUGCUAUCAAGCUCAAUGUAAUGCGACUAUAUGCGGAAGAGGAAGAUGUCAGGAGGCCGUCAAUAACGUCACCUGCCUGCAUGAGCCCAACUCUGAAGAAGAUGCCUGCCAAACAGCCGUGGAAUGCCCGCUUCUGUUUCACCCCAACGGAUACCUCCGCUGUGGAGAAGGAAACCAAACAAUCAACUCCUCGUGUCAGGUCACAUGUCACCCUGGCUUCCUGAGGAUCGGAUCGGGGGAAGUCACCUGCGGGUCGUCGGCCCGUUGGAGAGGCCCGAGGCCCAUCUGUGCGGGCUAUAAAUUUGUGUUGGUUGCCGUGGCCUGCGGAGUCAUCACAUUUUGUUGCAGCUGCUGCAUGUGUAUUAGUUGGAUGAAAAGCAGGAAAGGUCGACAAGAAGAAGCGGCAAGACUGUCCAGUGAAUUAGAAGAAUGAAGAAUAAUCUGAGUUUGUAUCGUAUUAUGACUUCAUUUUGUAUUUACUUCAAUUCGUGCUGGAUUAGUUAUAGCGCUUACUGUUUAAUCCUGCACAGACGGAAAUUUGUAAUCCCUUUAGGACUAGUUUUUUGUAUGUUAGCAUUUGGUAGCUUCACUAAGGAAAAGUGAAUUGCUUGUUUUCAAUACACAUAAAAAAAAAUACUCAUAAUCCGAGAUAUGCAAUGCAAUCGUCACUCAAUAUUCAGACUGUUUUGCUCAAGGGUGUGACACCAAGUGAAAAGAAUUUGAUCUGAUUGGCACAAAUGUAGUAAAUUGUUCUGUCGGAGUGGUGCGCUUCCUGUCUGCCAGGAAAUGCACAUUAAUGAGUGUUGAUGAGGACUGAAAGUUCAGCGACGACUCGUGACUCACACAGUUUCAGGUCAAAGAAGAAAUGAUGUGUAUCACCGUAGGUGACAAUGUGAGAGGAGGCAUGAUUAUAAUUCGCUGGGGAUAGGAACUAGGCAAAAAAAUAAUAAUUGGUACCCCCUUAAAAAUGUUCAACAAAUUCAGGAGCCAUAUUGAAGGGUGUAACUGUCAUAAAUUAGCAACUAGAAGCAGCAGGGCAGAUUCAAAGCACACUGCCGCCCUCUAGCGGCAGACAUUGGGACAUGUAUAUCAUAAUAAUUCAAUAAACUAAUCCAAUUCAAGAAA